GCUGUUAUUGUAAGGGGAUUUAAAUCUCAAUAUUCUUUUUACGACCUAAAUCAACGUUUUAUAAGAUCAAUCAUUUCUGGUGGCAGAAUUGAUGCUUCAUUGGUUUUUAUGUAAAUAAUUUUACUUUAAAUUUCCGGGGAAAAAUUCCAGUCUUGAUUGGCUGAUUAAUUUGAGCUGACGAGGACUGGGGUCUAGACACAGACAGAUUGUGCUCAGCAACUUUUUGGAAAGUGACAAUUCAAUGGAUAACAAAGGCAUUUUUGGCAGUAACAAUCGUGAUAACAGGCCAAGUUCUGAAAUCACCAAAAGAGGAAAUAUUGGACAUUCAUUGCAAACCUCAGUUCAACCUGCAGAAGAAACUGGCGUGAGAAUGAAACUCAGCAAGCGACCACCUCCGCCUUCUCGGGAUCUUUACAAGUCACUAAUCAGCCAAUCAGAGCAUCCUAUAAAACCUGUCCAGCAUUCAACAGGAGCGUAUAGUUAUUCUGAUGACCAAACACAUAUGCAAUAUGAAGCAAAACAAAAUCGACCAUUGACAAGUAUUCGGAGUUCUUCUGAUCGUCAGAACCCUGAAACAAUGGUGCAACGUUCUGUGAAUGCUAUGAGAAGCAUGUCUCAUACAAGACCAAGCUCUGAAACAACUAUCAAAGAUAUGGAUAGUGUUGUUGAUGAUAAAAACUAUCAGAAUGCCAUGGUGCAUAUCUCCAGCACAUCUGGUAGAGAACCACAUCCAUCAUACAUCACAUCAAGAGGAAGACCUAUGACAACAACACCAUCCCUUUUACCUCCAACAUCAUCAGUGCAGGCACCACAUGUUAGCCCAUCCUCCAGUCUCCAACAAGCAUUACCCUCAAGUAGCCACAAGAGACCCCCACCUCCUUCGGCAGCAUUUAUGCACCAGGGGCCUUUGCCGUCAAGUUCUCAAAAGCGUGUACAGUAUUCAAGUAUACCAUUCUCUCAACAUCAAAAGAAGCGUGCCUCACAUGAUAACCAACGCACGCCCCCCUCAUCAUCUCAUAACAACAUGACCACACCUAUGAAACCAUUGCCACCAUCCCAAUUACCCAGCCACCAGCCACCUCAAUCUGCACCAGCAGUACCAUUCAGCCCGUCCUCAGAUCAAUCAAUUGAAUCCAAAAUCAUCAACUUUCUGCACCAUCAGCAAGGACCCUCAAACACAAACAGCAUCAGACUAUCCCUUGGUGCCUCAACAAAGAAAGAAAUCAACCCAGUUUUAUAUGCAAUGCAGCGAAAAGGUGUAAUUGCAAAAGUUCAAGAGUCACCACCAACUUGGAAACUCUGUCAAGGAGAAGUUACAUUUCCUGCAGGUAUUCAAGAUCAGCAAGCACAAAGAUUUGAGCGUGGUCAACAAGCCUCAAAUGUAUCGCCUACGUCAUCUCAAUUCAUGACAACUGAAGGUAAACCAGUAAAACCACCCCCCCAAGCGACCGGUUCUACGAAAGAUUUUUUCGAAGCCUGCUUCACCUCCAUCAACAAGAACCCGGUGAGUGCCCUCAACAAUUACGCACAAAAGAAUAGGAGCGAAGCCACAUUCGAAAUCAUUUCCCAGAAAACGUUUGGCAAGCCUUCGUUUACCGUGGCAGCGAAGCUUGGGAAACGACUUUUCACAGCCGUUACAGCGGGAAACAUGAAGGAAGCGAAACGCCAAGCAGCUGAUGUCGCUCUUCGGGAAAUAGGUCAAGGCCAAGGGUCGAGUUUUGGCAGUCCAGACACGGCAGACGGCAAGCUAGACCUCAGUAAUCUUCCCACAAUUCCUCGCAACAACACGUGGACACAUUUUGACCACAUGGCAGCGCUCAGUCAUCAGCUGUUUGCUCGGAUUGCUCCGACCGUUUCGGCAUCUUUCGCCGGACGGAAGGUCAUUGCUUGUAUGAUAAUGAAAACUAGCGACCAGGACCCUGGCCAGGUUGUAAGCCUCGGGGCGGGAAACCGAUGUAUAACCGGUCAGCGGAUCAGUCUGGAAGGAAAGAAGGUGAAUGAUUCACACGCGGAAAUCGUCGCUAGAAGAGGUCUGAUGCGAGUGUUUUAUAAAGAGCUUAAGAAGUGUUUUAAUGGUGAGGAUUCCAUAUUCAUUAGGCAAAGAAAUGUGCCCAAAAUUUCUCUAAAAGACGGUAUAACUUUUCACUUGUACAUCAGCACAGCCCCUUGUGGCGACGGGGCAUUGUUCACCGUUAGAGAGGGAGGCAGUGUGCCGCCCACGGGGGUAGCCAUGACCCGGGAGCACGCUCCAACCUUUACCUCGAAGCAGCAAGGAAUUCUUCGCACGAAAAUUGAAGAUGGCGAAGGGACGUUGCCAAUUGAUUUUGAUGCCCCGCCGCAGACCUGGGACGGACUCUUACAAGGUGAACGACUUCGUACGAUGUCCUGCAGUGAUAAAAUCUGUCGUUGGAACGUCUUGGGCCUACAAGGAUCCCUCUUAAGUCAUUUCAUUCAACCCGUCUACCUGGAGAGCCUAACCUUGGGGUACCUGUACGAUCACGGCCACCUAUCACGUGCGGUUUGUUGCCGUCUGCAACAUAAAAGUGAUCUCAAUGACCGCCUCACACGUGGAUACCAUGUGAAUCACCCAUGCAUAGGGCGUGUCACCGCAUACGACCCACCACGGGAGACGGAAAAGACGAAUAAUAUCAGUAUCAACUGGGCACUUGGAGAUACCAGCGCUGAGGUCACGGACGGUCGUGAUGGGGCCUGCCUUACCCGAACCGAAAACGCUCCGACACCAUCCCGACUUUGCAAAGCGGUCUUAUACGGAAAUUUCCGAGCGCUGUGUGGGAGAGUUCCAGAAUACCAACAUCUUUUGAAAGUAGAGAGUUACAAAGAGGCGAAGAGUUUAGCGGAAGAUUUUUCACAUGCAAAGAAAGAGAUGAAAUCGCAGUUUACAACAUCUAAAUACAGUCAGUGGGUCUCAAAACCCAUGGAACAGGAUUUGUUCAGUGAAUCUCUGCCCGCUUUAGAUGUGUAAAGUUUUAAGGAUGGCGAGUAGACCACUUAGGAGGCUAGGACACCAACGUUUUUUUAGAGAUUUUCCAAAUCCUUGUUUUUACUUGUUUAAAUUGUUGUGACCAUGUCAAAGUGGUUGAUUUAAUGGAAUAUUAGUACCUCGAAGCAGUCAGGCAAAACUAACUUAGAGAGGAGAAAAAAUACAUAUAUCUCCGUAGAAAAUGUAGGUAAAGUUGUAUCCGAACUAUUUCACAUCAUUUAAAAUGACGUGUCAAAUGGAAACAACCUCGUACCUCGGGUUUUCGUCACUGGUCAUUGGCGAACUGUUUUAGUUAGAAAUCUUUCAUAACCGUUGUUUUAACUUUUAAGAAAUUAAAUACACUAAAUACCCUGGAAAAAUGUAGUUUAUAAUACACCUCGGGGUAUCAAAUAUAACAUAUUUUAGCGAUAGAGUGGGUGGUAGAUAUUAUAUCUAUGGAUAGACAUGUUUUGGCUGGACUUUUUCAUGUUUUGUCUUUUAUCCCGUAUUUUUUGGCGACAAAUCUUCAACGGUAAUCAUCGUUCUUUAAAUUUGUGCACCCGCUGACAUCAAUGAACCACAGACGCGUUAUUGACCAUAUACGGUAAAACACGGUGUGGGUUUU